CGUCCCAAAGUUUCCGCGCCCCAGAGGGAAAUAAGAAAGAAAAAAGAGCAAACUUUGAAAUUUCAAGGAAAGUGAGAAUCCGAGAAAGUUUUUGAAGAAAUUUAACAUUUGGUGGAGAAAAUUUUUGGUUGGAUUGUCGUUGUUGUGAUUUCAUGAGAAGAGAAGAUGGUGGCUGAAGCAGAGGUUGUUUUUCAACAGAGCUUGCCGGUUCUGGAUGUGCAGUUGUUCGAUGGCUGCGCCGCCGUCAAAUCGCCGGUUUCUUCGCCAAAGCUUGGGAUGCGUCGCUCGGCGGCUUCGGUCUCCGCCGACUUGUCGACUUCUCCGGUGGGUCUAAGAGUUGCAGAUCCUUUUCCGGGGGAUGAUUGCUAUUCGAGUGUCUCCGUGUAUCUCCCGACCAUCCGGUCUGGAAGCUGUGCCGACAUUGGGCCGAGGAGAUUCAUGGAAGACGAGCACAUUUGCAUAGACGAUCUGCCCUCCCACGUUCGGUCUCUCUCUGAGCUGCCAAAGCCGAGUGCUUUCUACGCGGUUUUUGAUGGCCAUGGAGGACCAGAAGCAGCCUCUUACGUACGGGAAAACGCCAUUAGAUUCUUCUUUGACGAUGCUAAGUUUCCACGAACAUCGUCAGAAGUGGACAGUGUUUACUUGGAAGAAGUCAAGGGCUCGUUGAGAAAUGCCUUCCUUCAGGCUGAUCUUGCUUUGGCUGACGACCACAAUGUCAGCUCGUCUUCUGGCACCACCGCCCUCGUCGCCCUUAUUUUCGGGAGACUUCUAAUGGUGGCGAAUGCAGGCGACUGCAGAGCGGGUCUCUGCAGAAAGGGGCAAGCCAUAGACAUGUCUCAGGACCACAGACCGAUCUAUCCACCUGAAAGACGGAGAGUCGAAGAAUCAGGCGGCUUUAUCGACGACGGUUAUCUAAACGGGGUCUUGUCCGUGACCCGUGCUCUCGGCGACUGGGACAUGAAACUCCCCCGUGGCAAGCCAUCUCCUCUCAUAGCCGACCCCGAGAUCCGUCAGAUAACCCUGACCGAAGACGACGAGUUUCUCAUAAUCGGAUGCGAUGGAGUCUGGGACGUGAUGACGAGCCAGCAGGCCAUCUCCAUUGUGAGGAGGGGGCUGCGUCGGCACGACGAUCCCACCAGGUGCGCGAGGGAGCUCGUGAUGGAGGCCUUAAGGCUCAAGACGUUUGAUAACUUGACUGUGGUCGUGGUCUGUUUCUUGUCGGGAGAUGAGCCGUCGCCCUCGCUGUCGCGGCUGGAGAAGCAGCAACGGUGUUGCAGCCUUACGCCGGAGGCUUUCCAGAGCCUGAGGAGCCUACUGGAUGGAUGAAAUAGAUGAUGACGAAUAAUUAUAAAUGUUUUUUUUUUUUGGGGGACGCUGCUCUGCGUUGGGGAGAGGAGGUUGUGGGAGCAGCUUGCAGUUUUGAGAUAACCCUUUGUUGUUUAUUAUUAUGCUUGUCUUGUAUUUACGUGGUUACAUUUACGUGUAUAUACUUAUUUCGUGUUGUAUAUAAUAUGUUAUUUUCGUGGACUCGAA